AUGGCCGAAGGAGACCCACCACUUACCCAACCAUGCCAAGAGGUAGGUCAGGAAGAAGCUGGCAAUGGUGCCACAUCUAUAAGGGCUCUGGAGUUCCAGACAAACAACAUCAUCCAGCAAGCAACGGAACUCCAAACAGAGUUGGGGAGGAGGGAGCAAGGAGAUCCAAAUCGACUGCUUCCUCGAGCCAUCCAACUGCAUCAGUCCACAGGGGACUUACAACUGGAUAUUGGGGCAUAUGUGUUGCAGCAAAAUCCACACCACCCCCGACAACAUGCCCCCAACAUCAGGGGAGGGGCACCACUACAACAGAUCUACGCCAACAUGACCGACAAUGGAGCAACUGGGGGGACAGGAUUCACUGACAUCCGUGAAGGCAAUGAGGAACCGAGGCAAUCCACAAGUCAAGGUGGAGCAACAACCAACAUGGCCUCCAUUGCCGGUCCUUCAGUGAGCCGUCGCCCUACUGCACUUGGAGAUGUUGGCCCCAAUUCAGCACUUGAAGACAUCCUGGUCGCACCUGACAACCGGGCAGGAACAGAGGCACCUGCCGCACGCAUGAAACCACCUUCACAACCAUUGCAACCCCCACCACCACCACCACCGCCGCCUGCAGGCCAACUGCACCACGACUUAACACCGAGGAGACAGGAGGCAGAACCUCAGGCCCGUGGCAAGCAACAUCGCACCCAGCCAGAGAGUUGGCCGGCCACUAACAGCACCAGGGCUCCAUCAUCUGCAGACCAGCUACACGUCAUGCCACCCGGCACUAUGGUCCCUGACAGCGGACCAAAGGCUUUCCUCCACGUAGAGGGGGAGCACUACCCACGAAUGCAGGCUGAAGAACCAGACUGAACAUACAGAGGACCUCGGCCUGAUUGAAGCAUUCAUCUUACAAAGGUCAACAUCCCACAGUUCUCCCAACAUCCCACAGUACUCCCUUGGCACACACAAAAAUGAUACCCUGGAAUGAUACCCUGGCCAUUUCAAGAAGUAGCAAACUUUUCUGUUGCAUAUUCUGUUUUACUUGCAAACUCUCACUAGCUAGUAAAUUAGGUUACAUGCAUUAUAUCUUGUUCUUUGAAGCAUUGUUCAGUGUGAAGAACUGGACUUUGACAGACUAUUGGAUUACCUCAUGAUCAACCAUGCAAGAGCAAUAUAUUAGCACUUCCACUUGUUUUUGCAGCAAAAAUGAUGACUCAGAAUGUUAACUUUUAAAACAGCAAACUUUUCAGUUGUCUUCCUUCUUACUUGCAACCUUCCAUUAGAUAGUAAUUUAAAGUAGGUUAUCUUCAUGCCUUGCAGUUUAUUCUUUUAGGUAUUGUUCAAUGAACAGUGCAAAGCAAUAUGUGCAGUACCAUUCCUAAAUUAUUCUUUGUGCAUGUAUGUAAUACAGUUGCACAAGUUAGUCAACUCAGUUAUUAAAGUGGAAUAAAGAUUCCCUAAUGAAGAAACAAAUUUGCAAUGUAAGAAUGUUUUGGUAAUGUAAUACAAAUUAUGUUGUGUUAAAUUUUGAGAUAAACCCAUUUCUAUGUUGGAAGACAAUUUUACAAACUUUUUUGUAACUCACUGAAGGCUCGUUCUCAUUGAAAUGUCGAAAAUGUGUCGCCUGACUUUACGACUUGAUAUUGAGCAAAUUAUAGACAGCAUGACUGGUCCCUUUGUUUUUCCACAACCCCUGUAAUGUUUUACAAAAGAUGCACCACAACAUUCAUAUUUGUUCAUGACUUUGAAGGUUAUUAUAGCCUCGGGUGGGAUUUCAACGCCUAAAAAAUGGCUAUCGCCUGAGAAGAUGCGAAGAAUUCAAAUAGUAGCCAAAAAUGGAACAAUUCAGUUCCCAAAAUGAU